GGUCCUUGUCGCGAAUUGGCGUUCCCAAGUUUUCUUUUCUUUGCCGACAAGCGCCUGAUGAACCACACCAUAAAAACUUUAAAAGUUCGCGAUCUGGAUGAGUGUGAGUUGAGGUGUUACUACGAGCACAAUUGUGUCAGCCUUAAUUUUGAAAACAAAAUGGUUGGAAAUGGAAAAUACAGCUGUGAAUUGAACAAUUCUACACACGGAGAACACGAUGAAGACUUUGUGGAGGCACCAAAUUUCCUUUACCGCGGAACAAACGUAAGAUCAUUAAAUUUUAACGUUAUCCAGUCUCCGAGCCUAUUAAUACCAUAACCCAACGCCUCGUCCAAAGGGAAAUGGCUGGAGCUCACCCUUUGGGCUUGACUGUGUUACAAUAUUUUGCAAAGAUCAAAAAUUAAGGAGAUAGUUUCUGUUUGUGAUAACUGCACGGGAUCAUGUGAAUAUAAUGGAAUUUGACGCGCUGAGGGCCGGGUACGUCAUUUAUGAUGGCAGCCGAGUUGGCCGUCAUAUUGGAUGUCAUUGAAAAUUCAGGUUUAUCGCAAUGGAGUAAACGCAAACCAUCUUUCUUUUGAACCCCCCCCCCCAACUAAAUCUGACAACUACACUAGGUCUCUUCCUUUCGCCAUUAAGCACCUUAAAACAACGCCCCCUUAUGUAUGUAAGACGGGCUAAUCCCUAAACCCGACGCUUAGAGUUGGGCUCGGACUGACAAUCUUUACUCAUUUUCCUUGAAUCAUGAUAAGGCGGACACCUCUAGCAAAGGUUUAGAAAGGCUCAGAAGCAUAAAGCAAUAUCUCUUUUCCAUAAUAUGUUCCCCAGAAUCCUUGUGGUAGUUCUCCAUGCAAAAAUAACGGGACUUGUCAAUCAGGAUUUACCAAGAAAGGAUAUCACUGUUUGUGUCGAGGCUGGACAGGUGCAAACUGCCAAAUGGGUAGGUCUGAAAAAUGGAUUAAAUGAACGCAGUAGUUAUGAAACCACGCAAGCUGUACCGCACUUAAAAGGAAGAAACCACAUGUGAGAACAUUAAUUUGAAAAAAAAGUAUAUAAUCCGCUGUAAUAUUAGCCCUGCCAUUGUCGACAAAACCAUCACAAGCGCAUUAAGCGCAGGGCGUUCCAGAUGGAAGCAGCGUUUUCAGGAGCUUGUGUGUUGAUGAAAGAGUUCUCCUUUCACUUUGGAGUGGAUUCAGGAUUUGCGGCACGUUUCUCUUUACUUUCACCUUCGUUUAGCCUAAAAUUCUCAAUCUGAGUUAUAAUUUGAAGUUGAGUUAAUUUUCUGUGGACUGUCGACCUGUCGUGUAAACGAGACAGUUCCACUGUCCAGUCAUCGUUUUCUUUGCAAAGUAACUGAAUGAGUCUUCUAAUAACUAUCUUCACCUAGAUAUUAACGAAUGUGAUGAAAACAGUCACGAGUGUAGCCAGAACGCAGAUUGUAAAAACACAAAGGGAUCUUACAGAUGCAACUGCAAGACUGGAUUCUAUGGAGAUGGAUACAACUGCACAGGUAUCUCAGUGUUUAUUUGGGUCCUUAGUUGUUGUAAACAGUUUAGAAAACAACAAUAAUAAUAAUAAUUAAUUAAAGAGCCGGUAUCCAGAAGAAAAGGUAGAAGAGUGGAUUUUAAAUCCAGCGUGCUGAUGGAAGUGGAAAGCUCAGUUAUAAGCGAGGUAUUAUUUCUCUGGCCAAGAAGACGAAAGGGGAACUUGAAACAGAAAUAUUAUGCUAGUAUACCAUUGAUCUAUUUGCUUAGGAAAGAAUAUAAAGGCAAGUGAGAAGUAAGUGGCUAAUUCACACUAAUACAACAUUAUUCUAGAUAUCAACGAAUGUCAAGAAGAAACUGAGAUGCGGAAAGAACGCAGCUUGUACGAGCACUGAAGGAUCUUUCAGAUGCACCUUCAAUAUUGGUUACUAUGGAGAUGGAUACAUCUGCACAGGUAUACCACUGUUAGUGCAAACUUCCCGAGACUGAAAGCAGUUGCAAGCGAGGUUAAAAGACAGCACUGAUUGAUCACCAUCAGAAAAACAGCCUGAAAUAUGAUGAUGUUUACCGGUUUGAGGUUGCCAAUAGUUCCUGCUAGAGAAAAAAAACGGCCAACAAAGUGUUAACAAUAACUGGUGCACUAGAUGGAGAAUUGUCUUUCUUUAGCUUUUGUAAAAAAACCAGUGCAUUGAACACCAAUGAAUCUUCUAUUGUCUGAGGCAUUGGAUGCUUUGACAGUUAUGAUCGUAAAUCAUGUAAAUCGUAAACUUUUAAACCAAACAUUAUAUAAGAAAGGACUGGUUUGUCUUUUAGAAGAGCUAAGGAAAAUUCUUUACGCAUGAGUCAAUUCCAGCUGCGCCCCGCCCCCUCCCCGGGCUGCCCCCCGGGCAUUAACAUUUUUUUGGCCUUGGAUGGGAAAUUCCCGGGGGUGGGGACUCUUGAGCUGUCAAAUUCCCCGGAGUGGGAACGAAGAAAGAGGGCUAAUGCCCCGUCCUCCGUCAACACUGCAACAUUUUUUAUUGAUCACACGGUCGAGUAGUGCCAUUUUAAGCAUUUUAAUGUGCGAUUUUUUGUUUCAAUUAACGUCUUUCUUUGUAAUAGUGCUAUUCUAAUUGAGACUUCACGUCGUGACGACACCAGUUUAUGGUUUUAGUAUUGUUAUAAAAUUAAUGACAUUUUAGAAAUUAAUAGUGCCCUGUAAAGUUAACUGCAAUGAAUAGUUUUAUAAAUAUGAAAGGAUAUUCUUCAAUAUAGUAUCAAGAGAAACUUGAUUCAAUAACCCGAAAAACGUUGAUUCACGUCGGUAGCUCCCGAGUUUCGCUAUAUAAUUCUGGCUUGAUAAGCAAUGAAGAAAUGCAUGCAUAAAAUGGAGAACAUGCCUUUACAAACCUCUUCAAUUUUUUCCCGGCCUUGAAAUGAGCCAAUCUACUUGCUUUUCAAGUAAAAUCCUUUGUGUAGCUAAAUUCUGAUAGGAAACCGCGUGCGUGUCAAAAGCUCGGGGUUGGCAAAUGCCCGGCCCCCGGGCAGGGCAAAAUUUGCAAAUGCCCCACCCCCGGGACUGAGGGCGGGCAAAUGCCCCGCAGUAGCCCGGAGGGGGGGGCUGGGCGCGGCUGGAAUUGACUGAUGCAUUAACAACUGCCUCUGGCAACAUAGUGUCUCAUCGGUCAGUCUGAUAUUUUUCUAACGAAGUAAAAACUGGUUUGGCUGCUUCUUCUGGUUUAAUUCUUCUCGAUCUUUAUAAUAACAAGACGCUACGGAGCUAGCGUACACUUCGGCGUCGUGGUUGUGGAACUAAUUUAUUGUAAAUGCGGAGGAAUAGUAAGAGAUCAAAUAUGGUAAGAGUAAGGUGUGAAAUUAUGGGAUUUGUCAGGAUACUCUGAAAAGAGCAACUUCCAAGAGGCCUACUUGCCAAAAACUAGCAUUUCAGGACAAAUUGCCUCCGCGAUAUUAGCCCAGUUUUGCUCUGAUGACUCCGUACAAAUCCUUCUAAAAAACAAUUCUCUAUUUUUCUUAGUCACAUGAGGCUUCAAAAACAGCAUAGCAGUCCCAUGUACUGAUUAAAGAUAUGUAAGGCAUGGGUAAGGAGUCGAUUACGUUGAGCAUAGAAUUGGCUAAAACUCAAAGUCACGAGUUCGAAUGUUUUGAGGAUAAUUAUUCACUGACUAUCAGCACGCAGGGAUGUCGGAUUAACACAAGGAAGUUUAACACCAAAGGAACAUAGCCUUUACAGAGCUUUAAAACACAGCAUCCGCCAACACAAACGUGACUUGAACUUUGAGUAAAACUAAACAGCCUCUACCAAUAAUAACAAACUCUCACUUGAACUUCUUCUUACGGCUUCCGCGAACUUGUAAACACAGAACCUGAAAAUCGACCUUCGUCACACUUGACUAAACACAGCAGUCCAGCUCGUGGGAAAAAACUUAGUUCGUCAAAAGAACUCGCUUGGAACUUGUAUACCGUUUGACAUAAGGUUCUAGAAAAUACUAAACAGGCGAAUAGUAGUAGCUUUUCGACAUAUUUUAUGAUUUCAGUAACUGAUGCAAAUCUGCUGACUCAUGCUGAAAUGUAAACAUGCCCUAAUUAAUUAUUCAUGGAUAAUCCAAAAACGUAGAGAACGUUCGAGAAAGUCACGCAACGUAUGAAAGCAAUUUUACUACGUAACACUAAACGAAGACAAAAUGUCUUUGUGCAGCAUUUUGUAACUUUAAAUUCAUCAUAAAACAGUUCGAAAGGAGGGCUCACUCGUGAAAUGUUUUUCAACACUCGAGGAGAAAUUUAGUGUCUCUGCGCGGCCACGAAAUAUCCUCUAUUUAUGCCUCGAGUAAUUAAAGACUAAACUCGAAGUGAUCUCAAGAAAUCACGAAGUAGUCCGAUCUCAUUUCGUGAAAUAGUUGAAACAAGCCGAAAAGUCACGAACUUGCACGCCCAAUCUUGUCCCGAAACUAGUGCAUCAUUUCAUAACUAUUUUUCAUCUCCCAAACUACCUUCGGUCGCAGUAGCGCAAUCGGCUAAUCCCUCAACUUAGAGUCUCCUCUGAUCUGACGGGUCACACAGGUGAGUCGGUUUAAACCCCGGGAAGGCCAAAAUAGUAAUUCUUUCUUCCUCGAAAUAGUUAAAGAAUAAAUCAAAGAAAUCGAAGUGAUCUCGAGAUAUCUCGAACUAAUUCGGUUCUCACUUCGUCAAAUAGCCGAAUAGAGCCGAAAGUCUACAGACUUUGCAUGCCCAAUCUUGUCAAAAAAUUGCAACUUUAAUACAUUCCUGAGCGUCGCGAAUCCUUUACUUCGCGCUCCGCCGAAGUAAUUAUGCUUAUGACAAUUUCACUAUUAAAACGGUCUCCUAUGGUUUCUCUUUUAACACGAACGAGUUGAUUAUCUCACUGUCACAGUCAUCUCACUCUCUGAUCUUAAAUAUCUUUUGUUCUCCCACUAGAGUGUUACACAAUAUUUGACUUCGAAGACCAUGAUUUGUCAAACUGGACUUUGAAUGGCACUGCAUUCAAUAAUCAGCCAACAUACGGGAAUAACACGUUAUCAAGGAAGGGUAGGGCUUGGAGCAACCACAAAGGGGAUUGGUGGAUUGGUACCUUCGAGAAUCGGCCCAGUCCCUCUGAACCGUUUGGGGGAAAGCAAGGUGAUGGUCCUCAAGGCUCAUUGACGUCACCCAGUUUUCAGAUUACUGGAAAGUUGCUUACCUUCCUGAUUGGAUCAGGCUGCGACAAGAGUUUUCCAAACCUUCGUGCCGAGCUUAUUAUUGGUGGGGAAGUGGUUCGCAAUAAGACGACAAAGGCGUGUGAUGAAGCUAUGAAAGAGGAAAGCUGGAAUGUAACAGAUUACGCUGGUAAAAAUGCCCAGUUGCGUUUGGUUGACAAUUCCUCAGGGGACUGGGGUCACAUCAAUUUUGAUCACUUACAAGCUUGCCAUAAACUCAUUUCAGAUACGGAUCCUUGAGUUUUCUUGGUGUUCAUUUUGAGCAGUUCUGUAAGAUGAAAAGAGACAAAGGACUUGUAAGACUAGAGGCGGUUUUGUUUUGGGAAUCAUUUACAGAAUGUACAGCUCUCUUUGUUUUUCUUCUGUGAUCAAUCAGAUCGUCUGUACUUUUAUUUUAUUUCUAUUUUAUGUAGUUCGGUGAACAAUAAGUGUAGUAGAGUUCGGAUGUUUCGAAUUAGCUCUGCGGUAUUUUCCCAAAAGUUAAAACAAAAGUAACUUUAUUCGCUCUUAAAAACCCAAUACAAUGGGAGUCAUUUCUCUCCCUGAACCAAAUUACAAACACAAAACUAAAUAUAAAGGUAACGAGCUAACAGCGGGGUGUAAGAAGCUUGUUCUUAAAGUUAGUGUACGAUUAACAUAAGAAUUAUGUGAAGAGUUUAGUAAUGAUCCUUGUAAAAAUUGGGACUUUCAAAGUAGCAGAAAGCACUUCAGAGCCUUGCUUUAUUGUUUGACUAAAAGCUGUAAAAGGUAGCAAAACGUAUACAUACACCAGGAACCGGGGCCAAUAGCACACAUAUCAGGAGAAUGCACCCAGCGGGAGUUUCCUCUUUAAUACAUUCAAAACACUUUUUAGGCUAUCCAAAGUACUUUUAGAGCUGUAGAAAUUCAUUUUAAGUGGCGCUAUAAAAUUUGUAUCUGUUCGGUCACCUUAGAGGAACUUGGGUCUUUUCGAAAUUUUAAGGGCUUGUUGAUUCGAGAAACGGUAGAGAGGUCAAAGCGAUUGCCUGUUCUCUUAAAGAAGAUACUAUUUAUUCCACUACUUCAGAGUUUGUUAAAGUUUCCUCAGACUCAAGUAGAAAGGUAACAUUGGUUACUGCUUUGAGAAUGUCAAACCGCGAGGGAUUGAACACGAUAUGACUCCCUGGCUCUGUUUCCAUCUUUCCAAAAAGGGAUGGUGUAGUACUUUUAAAAAAUGACGACACAGAGUUAUGGACCUUUGACAUACCCCAAGUGACGUUGUUUUUUCUAUUUCAGAGGAACGGAUAGCCCGUUUUUAUUCACCUGGACUACUGCAUGUCUUUUGGUCAGAUCACUUCGGUUAAAAAACCACCUAUUGAUCGAAAGCGACCGUGACCACUUUGGGUGUUACGGUUUUAAAAUAGAUUUCCCACUUAAGCUCUAUCUCUAUGCUUACUGUAAGAACUACUUUGCGAAGAUCUUUUAGCGACCACAAGGAGCUGUACCGUAACUUUACAAUUGCAAUCCAAUGAAUUCUCUUUCAAAAAGUAGAUGUGUCAGGUCCUCGUCUUCGAAAAGAUCCUCUAUAGUUCCAUUCUCGUAAGCAUUCACCUUCUGUAAGCAAGCGCUCAAUUGUUUUCGCAGAUUGGGAGGUCACUUACGGGAGGUACGUCAACUCCCGGGGUGGGGAGAGGGCGGGGGGGGGGGCACUCGAGGAACGUUUGGGUAGAGGUGUACCGCCCAAAUGCCGCACCUUUGUUGAAGGUCCUGUCAAGUACUUUGCCAUCGCGGUCAAUGACUUUGGAAUUAGAUAAGAUGAUUGUUGUUAUUGUUUUCAAUUCAUUUUAUUAUGCUAUUUUACGAAAAAGACAAACAUCACUGGUGUACUUACCUAGUCAGUAAAAAGUAUAAAAAUGCCGUUUAGCCAGCCGUAUAGGCAUAAGAAAAUGGAUUUAGUAAGCUGAUUCAUAGUUUUGGCACUGAGUAUGUAGACGAUCCUCUCAAGACAUUUUAAUGCACCUUCCGUUGUUUUGAGCGGGGCAUGAUUUUCAGAAAAAGGAAAAGCAGGUCAUUUAGGUGGAACAGGUGGUCAUUACUACCAACCUCGUCCCCAGGGCUUUUCCCUCAAAAAUGGGUGGGGCGGGAAAAGGCCCUGGCAUCGGCUGGUCACGAGUCUCCUCGUACACCCUAAAAUCCUGGGUGUAAUAAAUUAGCGCCUUGUGAAAAGCUAAAAUUAUGCAUAACCUCACAGCGCGCGAUCUCGCCGCGACCUUUUAUAUCUCUUGACGAUUAACGAAAAGUUUUACAAGGUUUUCUUUUUGUCACAGAUACUGGCUAUGGUAAUUUUUUGCUUUCUUCCGAUGUCUACGAAGGGGACAGCGAGUAACAUUUGUAAAACUUCUAAAACAAACAAGCUAUCGUACGUGCAUAAAGGUUGUACUGGAAAAGUCCGCUUUCUCGACUCUUCUGAUAUUUUAUUUCAUUUCUUGAGAAGUGGGCCGCCGUACAAAGCCUAGUUCUGAGUCACCUUAACUCUCAGCGAUAUCAUAGCGACACGCGUUGGUUUACACUUAUCCUGUAUGACCCGUAUUUUUAAUAAAAUUCAUUGACCUCUGCAAUCAAACGACUGGCAAUAAAGAAAGACUUGGGUCCAUUUAAAAUCGACAGAGCUGUCUUCCAAUCGAUCAGUCAAUCGUCUCUUUAAUAUAAGGAAAAUCCUUUGUACUUAUCCUCGGAAGAGAAAAGAUAUAAGAGUUCUUCAAAUGUUUCAGAUCGGCGACCUGUCAUCGUUCCUGGCUGGAGGGCUGACUUGCAUCCGGCGCGGAGACUUGUUUGUUUCAUGGUCGGGUUGAAGAGAAGACCAGACUUCAUAAAGCAUUUUGAUGAACGAGUCUAUUUCAAUUAAGUUCAAUUUGUUUAAAUUCACUGCAGAUCCUGGAGGCAAAGGCCCGCAUUUUUGUUUGACAUAGGACAAAAUCACUUUCCGCUUGAUCGUACAGUAAUUCCACAAUCACGAUGAAGUUUAGUCGAAGUACUAGUCGAUAACAGUGGGACAUAACAGCUUGUCUCAACGUUGAAGCAUUUGACAUAUUUUGUACGUGACAACGUAGAGCCGGUAUGCCCUUUCAUAAACUUCUAGCAUUUGAAUAAUGCGCAAUUUUAAUCGCACACACGAGAAAAUAUUGACAUAGUGCGCGAUGUUAUUAUUUUCCAUUGUUACUCCCUUCUGUCAGCGCAAAACCAGCGGGUUGCAUAUAAAUUAGCUUGUCAGGAAUAUUUAGGGCGUACACGUGACCAGCCGAUGCCAGGGCCUUUUCCCGCCCCACCCAUUUUUUGAGGGAAAAGCCCUGAGGACGAGGUUGCAUUACUACGAAAAAUAGCCUACCGUUCCAUUUUAGUGACCACAAUGAUGUCCUGCUGGUUGUAAAACAAUGAAAAGGUGCAUUAAAUCUACCCGCUCGGUCCGCGCUACGCGCUCGGGCAUUAUCUCUAAGACGGCCUCGAAGGAGCCUGGGAGAAGAAAGGACGGGAAGGGGGAUCUCUACGGCGGCGGGAAGCGGGGAAGAAAUUCAAAAAGGCAAGCUUUCGUUAUUUGUUAUUGCUUAUCAUCCAGUCAAAGAAACGGACCCCAAAACGUCCAUUAACGUUCUCCGAGGCUUAAAGCAAAAGUUUUAUAUACGAGAAAAGUCAAAAAACGAAAAUUCGUACUCGAUAUAAAAAAAAGGCGUUACUUCCGGUCAAACUGGAAACCUUUCCAAGUCGCUUACGUCAUAGGUCAUGAAUGAGAUGGCAUAACACAUGUACACGUAUGUCGACUGGUUCAGUCGUGUAAUAGAAGUGUCUCGUCUCUCUCGCUAAAGGGCGGGAGUCGAGAGACAAAGGGACACAAGGGUGUCCCCCCUUUGCUACUGCUACCAGAAUCCUUCACGGUUUUUCUUUCUUGCGAAUAUUAGGGCUUUCUUUUUUAAACCUCGCUGGGAUGAUCAAAAUCAAAUAUGAAUUGGAAAAACGAAAUGGAUUUUAGUAGUGUUAUAGUACCCCAACUGACUCUAUCGUCACUUGAAAAUGAUUAACAAAAAACCGUGACUACGGUAUUUUAGCACUACCUUGUAAAUUAAACAUGAAUUGAUGUAAAGAGUGCUUAUUGAAUGUAAUUUAAGAACUGGUGGAUUUUUUAAUUCAUAAAUUAUGCAGAAAAUGCUAUUGAUACAAAAAAAUUAUUCAACCAGUUUUCUAGCAUUUUUUAAUUUUUUAUUUUUAAUUGACUGUGAAAAUCCCCGCACUUAAAUUAAGUCUGUCUGUCUUAAAUGUAAUAAGUGUAAUAAGUCUUCGUACAACCCGACCUCUCACAAGGCUACUACUAUCCGGACUCUGACGAGACGAGCGCAACUAGUUUGCGACUCACCUGACAGCCUACAAGACGAGACUGAUUAUCUUAACAACGUUUUUAGUAAGAAAAAUUACAACACGGACUUUGUUAGACGGAACACUCACAGUAACACUGAUUCCAACUCUCAGACCAACUCUGGCCCUGUUACGACAGCGACUAUACCGUAUAUCAGAGGCACCUCUGAAACUAUUGCACGUAUAUUACAACCUUACAAUAUACGUGUUGCGCACAAACCGAUAACCACUUUACGGCGACUGCUUACUAGACAGGGAGCAGUGUACAAGAUCAAAUGCUGCGACUGCCAGGCUUCUUACAUUGGUGAAACCGGCAAAAACCUAAGCACGCGACUGACCGAACACAAACGCGCGACGAGGAAUGGUGACGUCAACAAUCACAUUGCUGAGCACCAUUUAAAGACGAAACAUCAAAUUGACUGGGACUCUGCGACAUGUAUAACGUAUUCUACAGACUACUAUCAACGUCUUACUUUAGAAAGCUGGUUUACUAACUUAGAACAAACGCCACUGAAUCGUAGUCAACAGUUACCAGCGCCGUACAAACGACUUAUUGACGAGAUCAAGCAAAACUAA